AUGGCAGAAGAGCGGAUACAAGCCCUUCGUGUAGAGUUGAAAUCAUGGGAAAAGCAGUUCUCUGCACAACAUGGUGGAAAGCGGCCGAGUCGUGAGGACAUCAAGAACAAUGUCGAGAUUGCUACAAAGUACAGAGAGUACGACAAACUCAGACGGCCAACGACACAGAAGAUCGAGUCACAACACAUUGUUUCAGUAAAGCCACAUCAUGCAACACCCAAGAAAGCCGCUCCAGCAGCAACACCACAGAAGCCCAACUCGCAAUUCUUGGUCCCGAACAUCCUAGCGCUACAAGAGGAGGAAGCAGAACUUGAACCAACUCCUGCUGCUGUACGAAUGCACCUCGGACCCACGCCACAAAAGGACGGCCAAAUCCUGAGUCUCUUUGACGACCUAUCAUCGACUGCUUCCAAGCCUUCACGUACUGCCCUCGCAUCGAUAGAAGUGAAUGCCAACUUUACUCCGAGUAAACCAUCACAACUCCUCUUCGCCGAGAACGAAUCGCCACCUGAGAAUGUACAUGACCGUACUCCUGCUUCGAGCAGUAAACGCUUCCUUCUCGAUUCCUUCGUCUCGACUACACCCCUGAAGAGAAAGCGCGAGGAUGAAGAACCUGCCCAUGCUACGCCCUCGAGUUCAAAGGGUCUUUCGACACCCGCCUUCUUGCGAAGGACAUCAAAUAUGCUCAUCAUGGAUACUCUGGUCGAGGAAGCCCAAGACGAUCAAGAGAUCAAGAGUUUGAACAUGGGCAGGAUGCGCCAACCACCCUUCAAGAAGCGUGGUAUUGUUCGUAGUCUGAGCAGUAUCAUUCAGGGCUUGAGGAAGCAAGAAGAUGACAAACUUGAUGAAGAGCUGGAGAUGAUGCGUGAGAUGGAAGACGCUGAUGACGAUCAAGCUUCAGCCAAGCCUACUGUUCAAGUCGAAGACAGCCAGGUUGUCAUGCCACUGGGUCCUGACCAAGGCAUAGAGAGUGAAGAAUCAGAAGAGGAAGAAAGAGAUACGGGCGUCUUUAGAAAACCCUGGAAGAAGAAGGGCUUGAAGCGUCAAACCAAGCGUGUCAUAAUGCGACCUGCACCAAAGUCUAAAGCUCCAGCUCAGGCUGACCAGUCUGAACCGACUUCUGACAACGAAGGCAACGUUGCCGAAACUCAACUUCCUGACACUCUUGACGAUAUCGACUCGGAUGCAGAGUCAGACGCAGCGUAUAGCGAUACGGAAGCGAAGCGUAAACGACAACUUGCCAAGACUACUACAGUAGACAAAGAGGAUGCCUCGAAGAGUUCCAAGGGCGAUGGCAUCGUCAAGAAGGCAGCAAAGAAGAUCAGCGCUACUGCCCACGCCAAUUUCAGAAGGCUCAACAUCAAGAACAAGAACUCGAAGGCGAAUGGCAGAGGCCGGUUUGGUAGGAAGUGA